CACAUGCACAGUUAACCCAGGCACAGGCUGAGUGAGGUCUGCACUCUGUCUAUCACACACUCCUAGAGCAGGACACUUUAAAAAAUGACAUGCAGUUAGCUCCUAGGUAAUCCAUGUUCCCAGGAGCUGGCUGCUUCAGUCAUGAAACUGCUGCUUAUAUUAUAUUGCAUUUGCUUUUGCAGGUAACUGGGAAGAGAACUGAUGAUAAAGAGACUGGCAGUUUCCUCCCCGAGGACUUCAAAAAUGGAGAGUAUGAAGCUGCUGUAAGGUUAGAGAAGCAGGAGGAUCUAAAGACAGUCUCUGAACAUGUACUGACCCGAGGAGAUCUGGCCUAUCAGAAAGAGAAAAAGCUAGAGGCAGAGCUCAAGAAGAAAAAAUUACAGGAGAGGUCAAAACUUGAAAACUUGGAGGAUCUUGAAAAAAUUAUUCAGCUGAAGAAGAAGAAAAAAUGCAAGAAAGAGAAAGCACCUAUUUUAAAGGAACCUGAACCAGAAGUUAUUACAGGACCAGUGGAUAUACCCACGUUCUUUACUGCUGCACUGGAGAACAAGUUGCCAGUAAUUGAAAAAUAUUUGUCAGACAAAGGGGAUCCAGACGUCUGUGAUGAGUACAAACGCACUGCAUUGCACAGGGCAUGCUCUGAAGGACAUCUAGAGGUGGUGAAAAAGUUAGUGGAAGCCGGAGCCCAGCUUGAACUGCAGGAUAUGCUUGAAUCUACAGCCUUGCACUGGGCAUGCCGAGGGGGGAACCUGGAUGUCCUGAAAUUCUUACUGGACAAAGGAAUAAACAGAAAUGCCAGAGAUAAGCUGCUCAGCACCCCUUUGCACGUGGCUGUGAGAACGGGUCAGUACGACUGUGGGGAGCACCUCAUCGCCUGCGAAGCAGAUCUCAAUGCCAAAGACAGAGAAGGAGACACACCAAUGCACGAUGCCGUGAGGCUGAACCGCUACAAGAUGAUUAGACUUCUGAUUCUUUACGGAGCAGAUCUAACCAUAAAGAACUGCGAAGAGAAAACCCCUAUGGAUCUUGUGCUUCAGUGGCAGAACGGCACCAAGGAGAUAUUCAACAACCUGAAAGACAACUCCUACAAAAGCAGCCACCCAAACAAGUUCUGAAGAGAGAAGACUGCUUUUGCUGCUUUUAAAUGCUUCUUACCAACCUGGGAGAAAACGGCCCUGAACAUAGUAUUUUUACUGAAAAUAUUUACGGUACUGGACUAUUUGAGAUGCCUUCACUGAAAAACAGCAAAACAAGGAUGCACAGAGAUCAUUUAAAAAGGCAGGUUGAGUGUUAAAAUUCCACUGGAUUUAAAAUGGCUUUAUUUAUUCCUAUUUAUUAUUUAUUUAUUUUAAAAGUUAGUCAUUUUUAAUGAUCCUGUUAUUGUUGCUUUUUUACAGUUGUAAUUACUAAUAUAAUCUUUGUCAGCAAAACAAAUCCUUUUGUCUUAGAUGACAGUAUUUCCAACUACAUUAGCAGCUUCCCUCAAGCCUUCCAAUAGCUCUAAAUAGCUAAUACCUGUAACUGUUGCCUUGUUUUUGCUGAAUUCUCACCAUUAGAAUAAUGUGUUAAACGAGUGGCAACACGGAGUGAGAUCAGCUAGCAAUGGAAGAAAGUCUACUGAGAUGUCAAGUGGAUUUAAAAGCGCAGUCGAGUAUUGGGGUUUGCACAUGGUUUGCCAAUCUUGGUUGAUAAAAAGGUCAAGGACCAGAGGUCCUUACGUUAAGUUUGGACUGAGAUUCAAAUGCAAUGUUAUGAAGGUGAGAGGAGACAGUAUCAGGAUGUGAAUCUCUUAAAGGUGGACUAUCAUGAAGCCUGAUGAUCAAAGAAUGCAGAAGCAGAUGACACGUAUUUGUAAAUUUGUACUGCUUUUUCUGUACAUUUUGUACUGAUCUAUUUCAGAUAAAAUAAACAGAGUAGUUCUUUGUAUUUGUUGGAGUGUAUUAUGGAGUGGUGAACAUGUACAGAGAAGCUCUGUCUCUCUUUAAGGUUCACAUCUUGGCCCCUGUAAGAUGUAUAAAACCUUCUCAACUGCCUAGAGCAACCAGCCCUUGGGCUACCUCCCUGAUACUGUUAGAUAAAUGCCUCUUCUUACUUUUUUAUUAAAUAGAAACACAUGUACAAAAGCAGAAAGUCAGCACUUGAGUAGCUAGUAAAAUUGAAAGUUAACAGUUUUAUUACUGAGUUUGAUUUAAAACCUUGGUUUCUUAGCAAAUCAGUACUUACAGUGUGUAGCAAAUAACAAGAGCUUCAACUGUCCCAGCCAAGGGAGAAGCAGCGUCCUGUGAGCAAAGGAAGGCACCUCACCCUUUGCUUUAGCCAAAGCAGAACUACCCCAACAGCAUCACCAACAGAGGCAUCAAUCUCCAGUUUCACUGGGACAUUACAUGCUGCAUUCAGUAAUAAUCCUAAUGCCUCAUGCUAUAGCUUCCCAAAGAAAUAUGCCACAGGCUCCCACGUGCCUUCACUGACCUGUGCCAGCACGCUUCCAUCCAGCAAACCUCACAGCCCAAGCACUGCAUUGCGCAAUGAGGGGAGUCAGGGGUGGGCAGCAAUGAGUAUUUGUCACUGGAGUGCAAAUCUUGGAGGUGAAGUGAACAUACAGAAACUCAGCAAAGAAGCAAGUGCAAGAAAUGCCUGCUAAACACAUACGGAGGCAGUCCUACCUGCAGGCAGCUACCCUGGACUGAAGGAACAGCUUUAGACAGAUGAGACUUUUCUCACACAAGCACCAUCACCUUGCGAGUGUCACCUUGCCAAUGAUAGGCUUUAUCUGUAAAAACACUCUUUGCUGUGGAAAUUAUGACACAUCUCUGCUUGCUGCCACUUCACUACUUGUUUCUGCACAAUUACCUGGACACUAAGGUAAUUUUCCAAGAAUACCUUGCAAAAAACCAGAAAUGACAUAAGUCCUGGCUAACUCAUUUUGUUUGUCCUCAUAACUGAGAAGCAGUUCAAUUGUUCAGGUACCAGAGCGGCCAGAACAAUGCAAAAAACUGGGAGAAAAGAAACAUUUCACUCAGUUCCUGAAGCAGUUUAUCUACUUAAAGGGCAAAGAUGCAGACUGUAAAUUUUAAAAUCAAGGUCAAACAAGUAGUAAGUAGGAUCUCCAGAUUUCAAAAGCCCCUCUCCAUAUAUUAGUUACCAAACAAUUUCUCUUAUGCUCGAGGUAGGUUAUUCUCUGGCCAAGGCAAGAUAACAUAUUAUUCAGAUAACUGCAUCAAACAGACAUUUCACCUUCUGCUCUAUUUGGCUAGAGCCUCAUUGAGCAGACAAGCCCAUAAAUGACAAGUUACUGUAUACAUAUUACACUCCAUCCCCAUUCCUGGUGGUAAAACAGGACUCAAACCACAAAGUCAACAAGUAAAACAUAAAGGGCAAGUAUUCCUUUUUUUUUUUUUUUUGUCAAAGCAAAAGCUGUUGUGACAUACACCCAGAAUUUUAUAGAACUGUUAGUCUACUGAAAACUCCAUUCAUUUUGCUUUAUCCAGUCAACAAAAAAGUUCAGAGAGAUCCUACAAGAAGCUUUCUGCAGUAUUUCACAUACUGAGUAUUUUACAUACUGUAAUUUGCACAUCUCGGUUUGUUGUCAGAUACAAAUGAAGGACUGGAAUAUUCAAAGCAAAGCUGGCUCAAGGGCUUACCACAGUAUCUUACAUAAUUUUUAUAUUGGUUUAUCAAAAAAAAAAAAAAAGCUUCAGUCAACAUUUGGAAGAGCUCUAAAAGCACUCUGCUGUUUAUAAAUCUGUUACGAUUGCUUUUUUGGCAGCCAGAGUAGGUUUA